AUGAGAAGAAAUUUUUUUCAGAAGACAAUUUUGCCAAUUAUUGGUACUGAUAUAAAUUGUUCUAUUAACUUUCUCAAGUCCAAAGGAUUAACUAAAAGAAGCAUGUGUUUUGUUUAUUACUCUAGAGAUAUAUAUCGGCUAGCUUGCAGUAAGAUCAAAGACAAAUUUGUUUGGAAGUGCGGAAACAAACAAUGUCUUAAGUUUAGAACUACACUUUCAAUCAGAAACAAUUCGUUUUUUGAGAAAACACGAAUUGAUUUACAAAUGAGAGUAUACUCCAUUUACCUUUGGAGCAUAAACACUUCGCAUAAAAAUAUUGGCGUUUUGGCGAGACUAGGACACAAUAUGGUAGCUGACAUGUGCAGAAGUUUUAGAAAUGCAUGUGUAGAGUUUUUUACUAGAAAUCCGAUUUUCCUUAGUGGUCCUGGCAUUAUAUGCCAAAUUGAUGAAAGAUCGUUUUUUCACAAGCAAAAAUAUCAUGGGGGGACGAACGCCAGAACAUCAAGUCUAGGUUUUUGUGAUGGUUGA